GAUGUAUAUGCUGCAUGGCAGAUUUACGAGGCUUUUACAAUCAUACCAGCGAAUUCACCUGUCACGGAGAAAAUGGCUGGUGGAACACCUAUUCAAUUGCUGACUCGGGACUGGACCGCAAUCGCUGUAUAUGGCACUGUUGCACUUGAUCAUCCUAGUCAAUUCCGCAAUGUGAGGGUGACUUCGACUCGCAUUCUGGUUAACAUCACCAAGGUGCUGAUUCCCGCAUAUAUCGUGCAUGCUGAGCUUCUUGAAUCCCAAAUGGAAACCUCGCUUGCUGCUUUGAGUUCAGCGGUUCCCUAUCGACUUCUCUGCGCUGUGAAAGAUCUUCAAAUUGGAGGCCACAUUUCUCUUGAUUCAACAAUACAAGCAUCACGAAUGGCUCCUCUUCCACCACAGCUGCUAGAGCCUUCACCAGAUUCCAGCAUCGAAGAGGAGCCAAAUUCACCUUUGUGUGAAGAUGACAGCAUCAAUUUCAAUCCAGAUGUAUUUGUUGCUGCUGCGCCUGAUGAAUUUAUAUGUGACGAAGCAGCUGAACGACAUGCAAGAGAGCUUACAGCUGUUCCUGCUCCAAUCACCAACCCUGUCAUAUGCUCACAUGUGCUGGGAGAUAUCUGGCAUAUGACUGACCAAUUCAGAGUUUCCAAGAAUCAUGGAGUGCGGAGACCAUUCAGCUAUGCCCUACAAAAUGCAGUGUUGCUCCCGGAUGAUGAGGAUAAAGUAGCUGUGGAGGCCAUGCUGUUGAAGAAAGGGUUAUCUUGGGAGGAAGGCCUCCUUCUCAAGUCUGACUGGGUAUGGCGGCAAGUACGACGAUUUGCAUCACCGCCUGAGAUCAUGUUUCCACAUGUCUCACAGGUCUGUCAAACAUAUGGACCCCUGAAGGAUGCUACAACAGGACAGCCACUGUUUAAUGAACAUGCCUGGGAGACAGCAAAGAAUGUUCUCGAGAAUAUCCACCUUGGCUAUUAUUCCGAUCCACCCACUAUCUCACUCUAUGUUGUACAAGGAAAGGACCGUGAUGGCCUGACUCUCUAUCGAUGCACUCGCGGAACUAACUGCAUUGAGGGCGGAGUUCACCAAAACAUCAUUCGGCAGUUCGGUGCUUUCAACGCAUCACCAUGUUUUGCUGACAACUUGGUGAUUGACUAUGCACUGUGUCAUAAUCUGAAGGUACGUUAGAUCCUUGAAUUUCCGCUGAGGAACAUGAGGCUCACAAUUCACUAGGUUGGAACAUACAAUUGCACUGGAGUCCCAUAUCAGGGUUCUUACGAUAUUUGGACUCGGAACAGGAUUGCCGCUGUUCUCCAAUAAAUCACUACUUGGAUG